UGAGUUUAGCUAGGUUUGCCGAAUUGGAGACCCAAUCGGCUUUCAUUAAAUUAAUCAAAAAAUCAAUUUCCUUUGUCACUCUCUCUCAUCAUCGUCACCACCACCGUCUUCUCUCUCCACUCUCUCUCUCUACUGGUACAACAAUGGCGGACUCAUGGUCCAGAACCAAAUCGAGCCGACCGACACUCCACAGUUUCCAGAGGUCGAUUUCACCCUCGGGUCGGUUCUGCUCCUCCUCCAUCUCCUCCUCAAUCUCCAACUUCUCUUCUAAUGGAAGGUUCUUGACCCGAACCGAACCCGCCUCGUCUUCCUCCCCAUCCGUCCGAUUCUCGCUCGACCGACCCACGUCUCCCAGCCGUUCGAUUUCCUUCACCCAGAAACAACAGAUCAACAACAGCAGCCGUUCCAUUCCCGGCCAGAAAAAGACGUGCAUGUGCUCGCCGACGACACACCCGGGAUCCUUCCGGUGCAGCCUCCACAAGAACGUUAGCAGUCGAAAUCGGUUUAAUAAGGACAACACGGUGUCGUAUCAUUCGAAUAGGUUGUAUGCGAGGAGAUCGGCGAUGACGAACUCGUUGGUGAGGAUUGGGACGGUGGAGGGGGAUUUGGUGAAGAGGGCUCUGGCGGCCUUGAUACGGCCGUCGUCGCAUCAGCAGCGGAGGAGGGCCGAUUUCCAGCCCAGGCCUAGCCGGCUUUCGGUCAUGUCGAAAGCCGAAGGAUUAUGAGAGGGAAAGUCGACGGAUCAGUUUUGAUGGAUCCGGGGGUUUUUUUUUGGAAUUUUCAUAGUAUGAUAGAUUUAUUCAAAUUAUUUGUACCAUAAGUUUGUUGCCUUUAUAAAAAAAGGAUUAAAGCUACAAA